AGUCAGUGAGUUACUUUUUUCCUGAAACUCCCUCUCAAUGGAAAACAAAUGCAGAGAGAAAAAACUUAAGUAAACAAAUCUGGAAAAGAGGCCCCAACACAGAGAUAGAGGAGCCUCUAAAUGUACCAGUCAGAGAAAAGCAGGCACUCAAAGUUGAUCCCAAACAAAACCAUAAUUCUAACUGGUCCCCGAGUUGAGCUCCACGCGAUGAAUGACUUCCAGGGCCUCUGGCUCUUUGGGACUAAGCGAGAAAAUUAUUUUUAGCCCAACUAUUUGGAACUCCUUGAGAACUUGGAGCUGUUAUUUUAUUUGGUACCAAAGCAAGUUUCUCACUGAACUCUCAUGACGCUGCCUCAGUCUCCUGUGGAUUUAGAACCCGGCGGCCACCACCAGCCAAGCCAGAGCCAAAGAUGUUUGUCUUGCUCUAUGUUACAAGUUUUGCCAUUUGUGCGAGUGGACAGCCUCGAGGCAAUCAAUUCAAAGGAGAAAGCUACACCCCAAGAUAUAUCUGCAGCAUUCCCGGCUUACCUGGACCUCCGGGUCCCCAGGGAGCCAACGGUUCACCUGGGCACCACGGCCGCAUCGGCCUUCCAGGCAGAGAUGGUCGAGACGGCAGGAAAGGAGAAAAGGGAGAGAAGGGAGCUGCAGGUUUGAGAGGAAAGACUGGACCGCUGGGUCUCGCUGGUGAGAAAGGAGACCAAGGAGAGACCGGGAAGAAAGGACCCAUGGGACCAGAGGGAGAGAAGGGAGAAGUGGGGCCACCUGGGCCUCCUGGACCAAAAGGAGACCGAGGAGACCAAGGGGACCCAGGGCUGCCUGGAGUUUGCAGAUGUGGAAGCAUCGUGCUCAAAUCUGCCUUUUCUGUUGGCAUCACAACCAGCUACCCAGAAGAAAGGCUACCUAUUAUAUUUAACAAGGUUCUGUUCAAUGAGGGGGAGCACUACAACCCUGCAACAGGAAAGUUCAUCUGUGCUUUCCCAGGGAUCUAUUACUUUUCCUAUGAUAUCACAUUGGCUAACAAGCAUUUGGCAAUUGGACUGGUACACAAUGGGCAGUACCGAAUAAGGACCUUCGAUGCUAACACAGGCAACCAUGAUGUGGCUUCAGGGUCCACGGUCAUCUACCUGCAGCCAGAAGAUGAGGUCUGGCUGGAGAUCUUCUUCACAGAUCAGAAUGGCCUCUUCUCAGACCCAGGCUGGGCAGACAGCUUGUUCUCCGGCUUUCUCCUGUAUGUUGACACAGAUUACCUAGAUUCCAUUUCAGAAGAUGAUGAUCUGUGAUCAGGAUGCAGUUUGCUGUAGCACACAUGCAGAUUUAAUCAGGAUUCUAAAAGACUGAGCAACCAGGAAUGGGCUCCAAACAGACUCCACUCAGAUUCCAAAGCAUUCACAGAUAGUUCUGGAACAAUUUUGUCAAAACGAGAUAAACCAACAAACAGCCGAAACCAAUCCAAAUGGAACUAAGUCAAACAAUUCCUGAUAUGUAUGCUCUUAAAAUUGAUGUUCCAAAAUAUUUCAGCAAAUGAAAGACAAUGUUAACAGAUUUUGUAUUAAAUGACCUGAGAGAGUGGUAAAACCAACAGGCAAGAUAUUGCCUCAUUAAAU